CAGAAUUAUCAGUUGUUUUAUAAAGAAAUAGAAUUUUACAAUAAUCUAUAUAUAAUUUUUUUUAGUAAAAAAAAGAAUAGAAAUUUUUUAUAACUCUCGCUAGCGUGAAAAACUAAUCAGCAUGUCUACAAACACCAGCGGCGUCUCACAAAACCAAAGUAAUAUGUCACUAGAGGAUUGGACCGAUCACAUCAAUGAACGCUUGGACGUCAUAUAUAAAGAUCUCUGCGAUUUUGAGCAAAGUGUUAAUGCACAAAACGAAACGGGCGAUACUGAGGAAGUAAAGUUGAUGGAAUUACUGGAGGCUGUUAAUGAAAUACAGCGCACUGCACGUAGCAUACGACCCAUCACCGAUACUUUGAAGGAUAAACAGGCACAUAUGCGUGAACAAAUGGAGAUGUUGCAACGUUCAGUGGAGUUGCUGCAAUUGGAAAAAAGAACGCGUGCGGUGGAAUUAAUGGAAGAAGAGAUGGAAUAAAAAUGUUCAGGAUGUCAUACAAAUUAUAGUAUUUAUCAAAUAGGCCAACGUAGCAUUAAGAAUAUUAUUAUUAUUUUUACCUGCAGACAUACAUAUGUACAUAAGUAUAUGCAUUUAAUGAUUGUAUAUUGCAUUUUUAU